GGUAACUUCGGCCUCCCCGCGCUGCGCACGAAAACGCGCGGACCCGCCUACACGCUGCCAGCGCUUCCCGCGGGCACGAGCGACCUAGACAUCGACCCGGACAGCGAAGCGUACGACAUCCUGGACGAGACGCUGACGCUGUUCCGCGCAAACACUCUCUUCCGCAACUUUGAGAUCAAGGGCCCCGCCGACCGCGUGCUGAUCUAUGGAAUCCUGUGGAUCUCUGAGUGUCUGGGGCGGGUCAAGCCAGCCAUGAGCAUGCGCGAUGCUGAGAAGGCACUGCAGGCGGCGGCUCUCGAUCACUUCGCCUUGCCUGGUGAUCCGGCUUUCCCCCUCAAUGCGCUCUACCAGCCGCCCAAGGAUAGGAAUGAGGCCGAUACCCUGCGUGGAUACAUCGGGCAGAUGAGGCAGGAGCUGGCCGCGAGGCUGGUGGUUAGGUUGUAUGCGGAUGGAACUGGCAAGCCAAGUAAGUGGUGGUUGAGCUUUAGCAAGAGACGGUUUAUGGGGAAGAGCCUGUAA